GCUGUCAGGUAUAGGAGGCCGGGAGGACGAUAAAACCCACUGUCUGUCCAUGCAAAUUAGACGGAGAAGUGCCGAUAUAUAGCCACCGCCGCGCAAGAACAGACCUUAUUGUUCAGAGCAGCACCUGCAAAAAACCCAAAACACAGCCCGCUGUCCGAGAUGAGACUCAACAUCGCUCUAGUCCUGGUCCUAGCUGUUGCCGGACUUAAAACGGCAACCGCACUGUCCUUGGCAUCAGAGGAAAUAAGUGAAGAAAUCAGUAAAAAGGAAGAAGAUGUGAAUGACCUGCAGAAGAGAGACGAGCUGGAUUAUGACGAUGAGUCAAUUGAAGAGGAUCAGGCCUUGGAGGAUGCCCAAAACUUAGAGGUUCAGGCCAUGGAGGAUGCCCAAAACUCAGAUGACAAUGCUGCAAAGGAAGUGGAAGAUGAGGAGGAGUUAGAGGAGAACGUAGGAUUAAAAACUGAAGCAGAGGAAGAAGAUACAGAGAGCCAGGAGGGAGCUGAGAGAGAGCAUACAGAGGAAGAGGAGGUGGAAAAUCUAGGUGAGUUUGAGGUGUAAACCCACCUGGGCUCA